AUGACCGACAAUCCAGAUGUCCCCAACACCCAAAAGGCCUUCGUGCCCCUCGAAAACAACCCAGAAGUGAUGUCCCACCUAGUCCACCAACUCGGCCUUCCCAAAACAAUCGGCUUCACAGACGUCUUCUCCAUCGAUGAACCAGAUCUCCUAGCCUUCAAAUCUCGCACAGCCGAAGACAGCUCCCUCCCCGAAUACACUGGUUCCGGCCCCGCAGAACCAGUAACAUGGUUCAAGCAAACAAUCCGCAAUGCCUGUGGCCUCAUCGGCCUCUUACAUGCCGUCUCGAACGGCGAGAGCAAAAAACAUAUCACCCCCGGUUCGGACUUAGAUCAGCUCCUCCGUGAUGCGCAGAACCUGGCACCGGCCCAGCGUGCGGAUCUUCUUUACGAAAGCAAGGCGCUGGAAAGUGCCCAUGCGGAUGCGGCUAAGUUGGGGGAUACUGCGGCGCCGGAGGCGGAGGAUAGGGGGGAUGAUGGGACUUUGUGGGAGCUGGAUGGGAGGCGGAGGGGUCCACUUGCGAGGGGGAAGUUGGCGGAGGAUGAAGAUGCGUUGAGUGAGGCUGCGCUGGCGUUGGGAGUGCGUCGAUUCUUGAAGACUGAGGCUGAUGGGGGUAAUCCUGAUUUGCGGUUUAGUCUUGUUAGUCUGGGCCCGUUAUUUGAUUAG